AUGGACUGGCGGACCGUCCAGGGUUUACCCUGCCUCUCGCCCGUUGACCACUGGGAUAGGCUCCAGUUCCCCCCGCGACCCCAUGAGGGAAUAAGCGCUGUAAGAGCGGCCGUACUGACGCAGGCCACUGUGCUGGCCGCAGUGGACGGAGAGGCACAUCUCAGCUGUCGGCUCAAAGAAGCUAAGGAAGUCGAUCAGGUCACAUGGCAGAAGGUUCUGCUUCACGAAGACCAGAACCUGGCCUCCUACAAUAAGUACAGGGGUCAAACAGUGAAUCCUGGCUUCACAGAUAGGAUUAGAUUUAAAGAUGCUGAACUGCUGAGAAACAGCAUAGUACUAAGAAAUGUUACGAGAGAGGAUGAAGGCUGUUAUCUCUGUCUGUUCAACGCCUUUCCUGAUUUUGCUCUAAAAGGUGAAACCUGCCUCCAAGUCUAUGAGCUGCACCAGCCGGUCCUGCAGAUCCGGCCCUCCAACUCCUCUGAGGGUCCAGUGGUGUGGUGUUCAGCCACGGGCCGGCCGGCUCCCACCGUAAACCUGACUGUAGCGGGGCCAAACCUCAGCCUCUCCCACCACAGCUCUGCCAGGGUCCACAACGCCAACGGCACCGUCACGGUCAGCCGCACAGCUGUGCUGCCAGCUGUGGCGUCAGCCGGCGGCGCCCGGGUGGGAUGUGCAGCCCGGGUGCUCUCUGGUCCUCAGACACAGGCCUUUGUGCUGGUUCCUGAGCCCAGACCCACACCUGCUGACGAAUCUGGACCUUCGGACAGAGGGAUAAGGUGGCCUAUUUUUCCCUCAGCUAUUUUGUGUGUUUGUAUUUGUACUGCUGCCAUCAUUCCCAGGCUUAGAAAAAUCAUUCAGAAAAGAGAGCCUCACUUGGAUUUGGGGAUGAAUGAUAAUCCUGAAAAUGCAAGGGAAGAAACGUUAAGCGUCACGCAGGCGGCAACUCCGUGGAAGAAAAAGAAAGUGAAACGCGCAUUUCCAGUCAUGGCAGCUCGUUCAAUCCUCCGAUCCCUCUGUCUGUGGGGGAUACUUUCAAAAGGCCUGCCGGCGGUGGUCCAGACGCAGAGCACGGUGGUGGCUGCUGUGGGAGAGCGGGCCUGCUUACGGUGCCGGCUCAGCGAGCCUAAAGAGGUCCUGCAAGUCACCUGGCAGAAGCUGCAUCCCGGCGGAGAGAAGAACCUCGCCACGUGGAGCAAAUUCUUCAGCUCCAGAGUGAACGCUGACCUGAAGGACAAGAUGGACUUUCAGUGCAGUGGACUGAGGAACCUCUCUGUGGUCAUCAGGAGGGUGGCGGAGCAGGACGAGGGCUGCUACCGCUGUUUGUUUAACACCUUCUCUGAGGGAGCUCUGAUCGGCAGAACAUGCCUCAGACUUUAUGAGCUGCACGAGCCGGUCCUGCAGAUCCGGCCCUCCAACUCCUCUGAGGGUCCAGUGGUGUGGUGUUCAGCCACGGGCCGGCCGGCUCCCACCGUAAACCUGACCGUAGCGGGGCCAAACCUCAGCCUCUCCCACCACAGCUCUGCCAGGGUCCACAACGCCAACGGCACCGUCACAGUCAGCCGCACAGCUGUGCUGUCGGCCGCCCCCCCCCCGCGGCGCUCGGCCCGGGUGCUCUCUGGUCCUCAGACACAGGCCUUUGUGCUGGUUCCUGAGCCCAGACCCACACCUGCUGACGAAUCUGGACCUUGGGACAGAGGGAUAAGCUCCACCUGGAUCAUUGUCGCCGUUGUGCUUGUGGCGUUGGCCUGUUGUGUUGCUGUUGCAUUCAUCGUUCUACGGCAGAAAAUGAAAUCCAGGAACGGGGACCUUGAGCAAACCAAAACACCACAAAAACCAACCCCAGACCCACAUAACAUCCGCACGCCUUUAAUCAAGCAGGAGGCUGAGAUCAGACAGCGGCCUUCAGCCGUGAAAAGUCCAGGAAACAAGCGCACGCCAGAGUCCCGUCACACAGCUUUGGUCCAGACGCAGCAGACUGUGGCGGCUGCGGCCGGAGGAGAGGCUCACCUCAGCUGCACGCUCCCAGAACACACCAAUGUUCUUCAAGUCACGUGGCAGAAAAUCUUACCUGACGCGAAAACGAACGUCGCCUCUCACAACAAAGACUUUGGUCAGACGGUGAAUUUGGGCUUCGAGGAUAAGAUCGGGUUCAAAAAAGCUGAACUGCAGGAAAACUCAAUAGUGGUGAAGAACGUCACGGGGCAGGAUGAGGGCUGUUAUGACUGCGUGUUCACCACCUACCCUGACGGAUAUCUGACCGGCACAACCUGCCUUCAACUCUAUGAGCUGCACGAGCCGGUCCUGCAGAUCCGGCCCUCCAACUCCUCUGAGGGUCCAGUGGUGUGGUGUUCAGCCACGGGCCGGCCGGCUCCCGCCGUGAACCUGACCGUAGCGGGGCCAAACCUCAGCCUCUCCCACCACAGCUCCGCCAGGGUCCACAACGCCAACGGCACCGUCACAGUCAGCCGCACAGCUGUGCUGCCAGCUGUGGCGUCAGCCGGCGGCGCCCGGGUGGGAUGUGCAGCCCGGGUGCUCUCUGGUCCUCAGACACAGGCCUUUGUGCUGGUUCCUGAGCUCAGACCCACACCUGCUGACGCUGCCGGCGUGCGUGUAGGAUGCCGCGACGGCUGCUCUGACCAGCGGCAGCUCCACAAGUCACCGGACAGCUGGCGGGGUGACGUCUGGGCUCCUGCCAGCCUGACGGCGGAGGCAGGCCGCCCCCUCCUGCUGGGCUGUAACAUCACCACCGCAGCGGGCGACACCAUUCGCCAAGUGCGCUGGUUGGACAAGCACUCCAAGCUGCUUCUGGCGUACGAGCAGACCGUGCCGGUUCACAUCAGCCACCGGGAGCCCAGCGUGCAGCUCACCGCCUCCCACAGCGACGCCAGCUACAUCACCAUCCAGAGAGUGACGCCGGACGACGGAGGCUGCUACCACUGUAUCUUUGAUGUUUUCCCCAGGGGACGCCAAGAGGGCUCAACGUGCAUCAAUGUCACAGGUAAAGUGCACCUGGAGGGCAACAGGACGGCCGUGAGUGGUAGGCCGGUCACCCUGUCCUGCUGGUACAGCCUCCCUGAGAGGGUUCGCCAGGUGCUGUGGAGGAAGACGGCCGAGCAGGGCGACACCACCACCGUGGCCUUCUUCUCCAAGUUAAGCCACCACACGGAGGAGCAAUACAAGGGUCGGGUCAGUCUGAGCUGGACGCUGGGAGACACCCAGCUGACCAUCCAGCAGGUCCACACCGAGGACGAGGCCUGCUACACCUGUGAGUUUCACACCUACCCAGACGGCACCAGGAGCGCCACCGCCUGCCUCUCUGUGUAUGUUUUACCCAAACCAGAGGUGAGCCAUGUGACGACAUCUCCUGGAGUCACAGAGGCAAACUGCACGGCCCGGUCCCGGCCCGCCGCAGAACUCACGUGGAGCGUUGGCGCAGACAACCGGACUCUGGGACCGCCCAUUUCCUCCACGUUUGAAGAGGGUGACGGCACGACGAUGGUGACCAGCACGCUGCUCUUCCAAUCAGCUCUGCUGAGUGACCUGACGGUCAAAUGCAUCGUGCACCACCAGGGUCUGGAGAAGCCGCUGACCCUCUCCCUCAAUACCAGCAUGCCACCGGCAAUGAUUAUCCUCAUCUCGGUGUGCGGCGUGGCAGCGGUGCUCCUCCUGUGUCUGUGUGUGUGUCUCUGCAAGUGCUUCAUCUGUACCGACGACUGAUUUGGGGUUGAGCUACUUUGAAGGCCCGCUGGAGCUCUGAGCCUGACCCAGCUGCUCAGCACCGUGCGCAGAGGGAACAGAGCUGCUGGUUCUGCUCCUGUGAGCACCGCUAAUGAAGACAUUGUAAAAACAACUAAAGGUCACACUAUUUUAUGCUAUAAAUGUAGUCACUGUGGAGGAGUCGCUUAGGUUUGAUGAAAUCCUUGCAAAGAAUCGGGGUUUUGUCUGCUUUCCUGGGGCAUCGAGGAGGACCAUUAUUCGGGAGGUAAAGUGAAAUGUGAAAGUGUUUUGUGUUUGAAGAGUUUGGGGCUGGUAUCCUAUGUUGAAAAGUGCCCAAAAUUCCUCAAAGCUCUGUGCUAAAUUAUUGUUUCCCUGUCAUGGCUUUUACUGUCUGGCCUUAUAGUUAAAAGGUAUCUUUAGGUAAUGGUUUGAUGAUCAGAAUACCAGAUAUUACAGUGGCAUCCAAAGCAGUCUUCAGUACACAAACGACCAUCAAUAUAAUUCAUGACACAUUUUAAAUCAAUCAAACAAGAAAACGACCAUAAAGAAAAACACAAACGAGCAUGAGAGUUCACCAAAACUCUAGUUUGGUGCCAUGAUUGACUCUUUAUCCACAUCAGUUGUCCUUUUCAUCCGAUGCCUGGUUACUUUAGCACACCAGCGUGGCCACAAAAAGCUAGUUUCAUUACGUGAAAGCACUCUGUGGGUUUGUCAGAUGAAGAGGAAGGCUUACUAAGCGGGGAAGCCAAAAGAGGCCCAGGCCAAAGCCUGACUUUUACUUUGAUUAACCUGCCCUGUGUGAGUCCUUCUGUGAAGAUGGAAUGGAAACUUUAUUUAUAUCUGCUGUUUGAGAUGCAGAUGGGUGGUCAAGCUGUAACCUUUGUGUGCUCUGUGGUUAAAACCGCCACCAAAAGUAAGCGAACAGAUGAACCCUCAGGUUAGACAGGAGAGCUUUCUAUCUGUUUGAGUCUGUGCGCAUGAACUUUGAGAGCAUACGUAAACUUUGUGUUUACAUUUCUGUGAAUUUCUGUACAGUAUUUUUGAUUCACCAGUGAAAUCCUUUAGAAAGGAAAGUGUAACUUUAGGACUUCAGAGGCUGUGUACAGAAUGAUUAUAGUUUAUAUUUGAAAAAACUUGUCUAAAAAGAAAUGGUUGAAAUAAAGUUCAAGUUAAUAUCUAGUUUUUUAUCGAGUUGUGUAUAUACAAAGAUAAUUCUAAAGUUUAUUUUUACUAAACACAGCAUUUAGGAAACUAACCUUGAAUUUCCUGCAAUCAUUGAUGUAUUUUUGUCAGUAAAGAACUGCUUGACUGCUCUUCAGAGAUCUGUUAUUAUGGAAGGAAAUAAAAGUUUUGCCUCUGUUUUCUAUUAUUUUCAGUGUCUAUAUCUCAAUAGAAACGAUACUGGAUUUAAAAGAGAUACUUAAGAAUCCCGUCCAUUCAUAUUUUUUCUCUGCUUAAACUCAUUUGCUCCACAGCUCCCUGCAGUCCUGUUUCUGUCUCAGAUUUUUGGUUAGCUUUUACAAAUAUUGACAUUUUAAAUUGCUUCCAGCCAGAACAGCUACACCUUUGUAACUUUUGCUUUAGCUAUUCAAAUAAGAUGAGUCAAAUUGGAAAAAUUUGAAAAAUAUGAGCAUUUGCAAGAUAAACUUUCCAGGAUGUCGUUAAUGUUCAAAUGCUUAAUUAAUUCACAAGUUAACUGGUCAGAGUUGUUGCUCGAAUUAAUGCUUUCAAAAACAAAGAUUUGUCUUUUUUUGUAAUUUUUAUUUUCUUUUAUUUUUAUGGAUACUGUGCUGCCUUCCUGCCAUUUCUCUGAAUUGCUCUCGCUUUAGUGUCUGGAACGUUGUUCAUUUCUUACACAAAAACACGGAAAGUUUGACUAAAUUGCCUUUGGCUGAAGCAUUAUUU